AUGUCGCCAACUUCUCUUACUGUCUUUCUCUCUCUACUAAUUUUUUAUCUCUUCUUCAUUUCAUCGUUCACAUAUGCCCGACUUGAUCCCACACCAAAUACUGAAAGAUUUAUAAACUCACUCAACUUAUUUCCUGAUCACGAUGUUAGCAUCGUCAAUGAUGAUUCUUCGAUUAAUAAUGCUUCAAGACUUGUUGAGAAGAGAUUCAAGUUCCCUUCUCUUCCUAACUCAAAACCUUCCAUUGAAGACCUUGGUCAUUGUGCUGAUUAUUAUCGCCUUCCACAUACUAUAGGUGCAAGGAUGUUUUAUUUUUUCUUUGAAUCAAGAAACAAUGAGACUGAUCCAGUAGUGUUGUGGCUGAGUGGAGGACCUGGAGCCAGUAGUAAUAUUGCAUUAUUUUGUGAAAAUGGUCCGUUUCAUAUUACAGAAGACUCAUCUCUCGUUUGGAAUGAUUAUGGUUGGGAUAAGGUCUCAAACAUUAUAUAUGUUGAUCAACCUAUCGGAACAGGUUUUAGUUAUUCAAUUGAUGACACUGAUAUAAGACACAAUCUAGUUGAUGUCACCAAUGAUUUGUAUAACUUCUUGCAGGACUUUUUUGACAAACAUCCAAAACUUGUUCAAAAUGAUUUUUUCAUAACUGGACAAUCUUUUGCUGGGCACUAUGCUCCAGCUUUGGCAUCUCGUAUCAAUCAAGAAAAUAAAGCCAACCCAAAAAUUCAUAUAAACCUUAAGGGAAUUGCCAUUGGUAAUGGACUUACAAAUCCUAGACUCCAAUAUGAAAUAUUACCAUAUUACGCUCGACGUUGUAAGUUAAUAGAAGAAGAAGAUUAUUUGCAUAUAAAGAACACGAUGCUUCCAAAAUGUAUGAAAGCUACUGAAGAUUGUGACAUGGGUAAUGAAACUGAUUGCCUCAUUGCAUUUGAUAGUUGUGAUGGUAUGUUUGGCGAAAUCCUCAGAAGAACCAACAAUAUAAAUUAUUAUGAUUAUAGAAAGCAACGUAAUGGCCGCAUGAACUAUGACUUCUCUCACUUGGAGAAUUUUCUGAAUAAUCAACUAGUCAAGGAUGCUCUAGGUGUACCGGACAUACCAUUUGUUACAUUAAGUUCUAAGGUAUAUGAGGCAAUGAAGGGAGAAUAUAUGAAAAAUUAUGAUACAGGAAUUCCUGCUCUACUUGCAGAUGGAAUUAAAGUCCUUCUCUAUGUGGGAGAAUUUGAUGUCAUAUGCAACUAUGUUGGAAAUCUUAAGUGGGUCAUUGAAAUGGCUUGGCAUGGCAAGGAAGAAUUUCUAAAACCUCAAAGUCUUGUGUCAUUUUCUAUUGAUGGUAUCGAAAUGGGAGCGUUGAGAAGUCAUGGACCUUUAUCGUUCCUGGAGGUUCAUGGUGCUGGUCAUAUGGUUCCUAUGGAUCAACCAAAAACUGCUUUACAUAUGAUUCAAAGAUGGAUGCAUGGGGAUCUUAGGUGA